CACGUAAAGUGAAAUACCACCUUGUUUCAGCUAGCGCAACAUGUUUUGACAGAACAUGAGAGAAGGCAAAGCGCUCCCCCGCGCAGACGUGCACGCGUGUAAAGGUGGUAUAACAUCGUCUGAGCUCGCAUGCGUCACUCACGGAUCCCGGUGGUGCGCGAGUUGCAGCAGCACGGCCACUACAGCGUCAGUGCCAUGGAGCUCCAGCCCAGUGUCCGUACAGAGCCCGAGCCCGGCAUGUUCCACUCCGCCGGCCGGAGAGACGCGCUGUGUGAGCGGGACGAGCAGGAGAAGCUGUCCGGUGUUGUGAAACGCGUCCACCGAAAACUGCGGAGGAAAUAUAUAGAAGUGGGUGACUUUGAUAAGAUCUGGCGUGAGCACUGCGAGGACGAGCAGACACUGAACGAAUACGCCUUUGCCAUGAAGAGUCUCGCCGACAACCACUGGGCCAAGAAAUGUGAUGGCGAGGGACGCAUUGAGUGGUGCCGCAGUGUUUGUCAGGAGUACUUUAUGGAUGGUGGAAUGAAGAAGAUGUUGGAGAAGGAUGCGAAACAUGCUGCUGCUGCCAGUGGGACACCUUUAAAUCCAGACUCCUCUCAGCCCAGUUUAAGCUUCCGAAACGACAAGCUGCGUCUACUUGACGUGGGUAGUUGUUUCAAUCCCUUCUUGAAGUUUGAUGAGUUCUUCACAGUAGGAAUCGACAUAGUGCCUGCAGUUGAGAGCGUGUACAAGUGUGACUUCUUGAACCUGCAGCUCCAGCAGCCGUUGCAGCUAGCGAGCGAUGCACUCAAUGCAUUCUUGCGCCAGCUGCACGACCCUAUCGAGACUCUGCCUGGGCAGCUCUUUCAUGUGGUGGUUUUCUCCUUAUUGCUCUCCUACUUCCCCUCACCAUACCAGCGCUGGCUGUGCUGCAAGAAAGCCCACGAGCUACUCACACUGCACGGUCUUCUCCUAAUCAUCACACCCGACUCGUCACAUCAGGGUCGCCACGCACUCAUGAUGCGUAGCUGGCGCGUGGCUGUCGAGUCCCUAGGUUUCAGGCGGUACAAAUACGUCAAAUUCUCCCACAUGCACAUGCUCGCCUUCCGCAAGGUCUCCGUCACCACCAGCAGCGACCUAGUGAGUCACAACUACCCCGAGAUGCUGUAUAUCCCGCAGGAUUUCGGCACACUCGAGGAAGAUGAUGCAUUCAGGGACUCGUACCAGCCAGCACGAUCCGACUCUGAGGACGAGCAGCUGGCACGGAGUUUCACUGAGCUCCCUGAUGUGUCCUAUGACUCAGACUCUGGCGAGAGUCAAAGCGGCUCGGCGCCAUUCUAUGAACUGGAGGACCCCAUUCUGCUAUACAGCUGAAGCCCAAUUUGUUUUGCCCAGCAUUGCUGCCUCACGGCCGUGUUGGCAAUUUAACACCAGGCUUUCUUACACUUAAUGCUUUCAGCUCUCAGCUCUUUUACUCCUGCUUCUUUUUAUGUGAAACGUUGCAGUUUGCACAGUUUAUACAGAUGAACAUGUCAUGUGCCAUGGAAAGCUGGCCAGGUCCAUCUCUCCCAUGUUGCUAUGUGAUACCAUGACUGUCAGGCUUCUGAUGUAGAUGAGUUACUGUUGCUCUUCAUUUGUGCUCAUAAAUAAAGGCUUUAAUGUUGUUGGUGCUAACGUGACAUGGGAGAGAGACACAGCCUGCGGUAAAAUAAGAGAGAAAGGAUAUGUACACUUGGGUGGUGUUGAGCUUUUGUGGGCAAAAGACAGCGUUUUACACGUUUAAACAUAUCCAUACAGCGAUGAGACCGUGGCAUAGUUUUGCGAUUGAAAUGGUUGAGUUGGCGAGUAAAGCAGCUGAGCGAGCUCCGGACUUGCGUGCUGUUAUUCAGUGCUUCUUUAUCAUAUGAUGCGAUUUGGAGAGAAUUUCUCAAGAAGACCUUUUCAAGCAACAAAUAACGUUUUUUGUAUUGUAGAUUUUGCACACUGUCUUCGGCUUAGAAUACAAUAGUUGCGUAACCAGUUAUUGUGCAGAAUUUAUUAAGAAUUGUUUUAUCUCUUCAUGAUCGGUUAGCUGCUGUAGAUUGCACUCCUUGUAGAAUUUUACACAAGCAUUUUUGAAGUGAUAUUUGUAGCAUUUUGUGUGGUUAACAACUUUCUAUUGAGCUUACUUAUGUGACACAGACUGUGUGUGUUUUUCUAAAGGAUUGCUUUACAUGGUACGGUUUAUACAAAGUAGUUGUCAUAAGAACAAUCUGAGAAGUCUAGAUGAGAGAGAGGUAGGUUUGGGUUUUUACUAGUGUUUGAAUGGUUGUUGUUACUAACUAUAUUUUGCGAGCAAAAGUGCAAAGAGCAUAUUUUAGCUGUGAACUUAGCUCUAUAAGGUAAGAGAAUAAACAUAUAACCAGUAGAUGUCUGCCUUUGAUUCAAUGCACAUGUAGUUUAGAAAAAACAACAACAUUUAAAAAAAAAAAAAAAAAAAAACCUUUGCCAUAGCUUUACUGAAUAUCGAAUGGUUUGUUUCUUUCAAUUUAAAUUUUUAAGGUAACGCAAACUCUAAUUUUCAAAUGUCUUAAGCUGUUUGCGUGGUAAUUGACUGUAUAACUGAUUUACAUCUUUAGCUUUUACAUACAUACACUGAGCAGUUCUUGCUAAAAACAAAUUAAACAGGUUCGAAGAAUACUUCAAACCUUUGAAAGUGUUUUUGGAUGAUUAACCUCAGUGAGGUUUUUCUCAUAUCAUAUGUUUAUUUGUACCAAGUGCUUUAUAUCCUCUUUGUGUUUCACUGUGAAAUGGGCAGUUUCCUUCACUGCAGCAGUUGCACUUGUUUAAGAACACUCUCUUUGGGGACCUUUUUAAUAAGAGCGCCUUAUUUUUCACGAGAAUGACAAGACAUCAUUUCACAUGCGAAAGUUGUGCAUUAUUACAAAACACAUUUUUUAGCCUGGCAUUCUUAUCCAGCUUUACAUUUGAAACAGUACACAAAAGUACACAAAUAUAUUUUUCAAAAAACAAACAAACUCUUAUUAAUCUAUCCGAAGUGAAUGACUCUUAAAGCUUUGUUUGAGUGGUUGUAUAUACAAUUGCAGUCUGACAAAAAAAUUUAAAACACAAGUCACUUUUGAGGGUGCUAGAGAAGCUUUGAUUCUUGUUGAGCCCCCCCCCCCCCCCCCUUUUUCCUGUAUGGGUGUCAGUAGUGAAGGACGACAUUGGAACACUGGUUCUGUCUUUUAAUACAAAAUCGGUUAGGAAAAACUGGUGCCUUUUAUCCUGAACUGUAUUUUUACAACUAUAACGACUGGAAGAAACGAAAAAAUGUGGUUUUCUGUAUGAAAAGGGACAGAUUCUCGAACCAGACAGAAGCCAAACUCUGAACCUUUUAAAGAAAUGACUGGCUCGUAAGCAGAUAUGGUGAUAAUCAUUGCCACUUAUUACUGUCACUUUAAUUGCAUUAGCAAUAGGCUUUCUGUUAAGUGUGUGUUUAGUUCAUUAGAAUAUUGGACAUUUUACAACAAAUAUCUUAUUAGUGCUAUUAUGUGAGGUGGUACAUUGUCUUUCCUUGGUCUUACAUGCAUGGAUGGUUUCUCUUUAGUAUUGGAGUUCCAGACUAUCAGUGUGAUUGUUUUUGUUUGUUUGUUUGUGUGUUUGUUUUUGCAACUUGCUCCUUUAUAAAUGAUGGUGUUGCCUACACAUGCAAAAAUGUUAAUUAAAAAAUACAUAAAACCAUGA